CUGUGGUUUCCAGGGAAACUAGAAAUGUGAAGCUUUUCGAUAGACACAGCCACAGCUUAGAGAGCGAGGGCUGCCUAAGAUAGAUUCUUCUAGAGACAAACCUGGAGCCACUGCAAUCACUAUCAAUCAACAAGGGGAGGCAAACGGACAGAUGUGGGUGCCGAUCGACAGUGAGAUUUGCGAUGUUUGACCCAAAUUUGAGGGAGAGUUUUGGAGAGACUUUAGUCUGAUUUGGACCACCGAGGUAAUCCACCACUUUAAUGCAGAGGCAAAAUGGGAAGUCUAAAGGACGAGACGAAAGGUCUCACAGAGGACCACAAGACUUGUGAGAAGGAAGAUGAUGGAGAGCGUCCAGGCGGCUUAGAUGGCAGCGCCGAACCUGAGGGAGAUCAGACUAACACGAGUCAAGAGUCAACAAGUCCAGGGGACUGUGAGCCAGAACGUCACAUGAACGCCAGCUAUGCUGAACAGACAGAUCUGAUACCCAAAGACCAAGAGCUCUCAGGAGAGGUUUGUGACAAUCGUUCAGGCUCUAUAGGAGCCAUCCCUCUGACACAACAGCCUGCCGCUGAUCGAAUACACAACGGCACGACAAUCUCCAACAAGUUCCUGAGUGAUGAGGAUGAGGAUAAAAACAUGGAUCAUGGCAGAGAAAAAGGAGCAGAGAUUGAGAACAUCUCGAUGGCUGUCCCAGCAACUCCAGGCCCCUUAGAUCCACGUUCCCCAGCUCCUGCCGGCCAGCACCACAUGCGCACACAGGUCAGCCUGGAGGUGGUCCAGUGUCACUCUGCAGCCACCAGCCCCAUGACACCUCCUGAAGGCACAAAUUCGUUCUUCUUCCCAAGCUCUUUUGGGAAAACCGGAGCUGGCGUCGGGGUGGGAACUGACACUAAAGACGCAGAGCUACAGGUGGGUCAUCAGGUGGAGUUCUGCUCCGUUGCCACGUCCCCCAUGACCCCAAAGACGCCGUCCUCCACGGCUUUCCCAGAGCUUAUCGGGAGAGAGACGGUGAAAAAGAGCAGGGGGCAGACACAGAGUCCGGCAGAGUCUGAGAGAGUCGCCACAUCGAAGGAGCUGGGUGAGAACUUCAGCUCUAAGGCAACUCCAGAGAGCCCCACCAGCUGCCCUCCUGCUGGGCUCAUGGAUGCACACGUAACUGUGGAGGAUGGCGAUCAGCAGUGCAAGCAGCAGAGGAUGGGAAGCAUGGAUCAAGACAUUACAAUCAUGGUGACCCACUAUGACAACAACGAGGGAGAGGAGGAGACAGGGAUGGUGAAAAUCGAUGAAUACAAGGAGCCCGGAGAAAGCAGCGGGGAUGUAAAGACGGAGGACGGGAGUGAAAACACCUCCACAGAAACACAGGACUCCUCAAACACAAACCCUCCACCAGACCAAACUGAAGACGCCUCAGAAGCGAAAGCGGAAGUGGAACGUGGCAAAGCUGAAGGGCUGAAGAACGUCUGCGUGACGAAGCCUGCCGUCCCUGAAUCACCAGCUCCUUUCGGCUGCCACAACGUCCGCACGCAGGUGAGCCUGGAGGUGGUGCAGUGUCAGUCUGCGGCCACCAGCCCCAUGACCCCUCCUGAGGGGGACCAGGCCUUCUGCUUCCCCAGCUCCCUCGGGAGGUGUGCUGCCCUGACUGCAGAGACUAAAGACGCUGAGAUGCAGGUGGGUCAGCAGGUGGAGUAUCGCUCUGUAGCUACAGCACCCAUGACCCCGAGGACGCCCACCAUCACGACUUUCCCCGAGAUCAGGAAGGGAGCCAGCGUAGAGGAGAAGAUAGUGGAGGAGGAGGAGGAGGAGGACAAAAAUGAGCAGGGGGUGGAGGAGGAGAAGGUUGCUGAUGAGAAUACAGUUGCAGCAGCUGAAGAGGGGAGAAAUUGUAAGGAGAAGUGCGAGGAGCCGGUGCAGGAGGUGAGCUGGGAUGAAAAGGGGAUGACAUGGGAGGUGUACGGGGCAGUGGUGGAGGUGACUGUGCUGGGCUCGGCCAUCCAGAAGCACCUGGAGAAACAGGUGAAGAAGAGGCAGCCCUCCAUGCCCCCGCCUCCUCCGCUCAACCCCUCAGCCGUGCCCCUCUCUCCAGAGUCGGAGCAGGGGGGCUCAGGUAAAGGCCGGGCGGGGAAGAGGGGGGACGGGGAGGUGAGCCGACGCAGGAGGAACCCCUUCCGCCAGAUGAUGGAGAACAUGCAGCAGCCACACUGCUGCUCCAAAGCUCACACCACUGAGUGACAUAAGAUAGAAAAACGGCAGCUAGUUGGGAGAAAACACACCCUGUGCUGGAGAACCAGGUCUGACGGCUGUGACACAGAGCGGUCACCGAUUUACUUCAGAGUGAUGUUGCCCUGAGAAGCAAAUCACCUCCUCACAUGAGACACAAAAGCACAAGAGCAUUUUCUUUCUGACGCGGAGCACUGAUCGGUGACAAUCAGCCAUACGAGACGAGUUCACGUUGUGUUUUUUUUUUUUUUUUUCUUGAUGUUCCAUGUUUGGAGAAACAAGGCCGGUGUAUCGGUGUCGUCAUAAACUCAAGUCAUUCAGUCGUCCGUGAGUCAUUUUAGCUGCUGAUGCUUUUUUUUUUUUUUCAAAGUGCACCUCAAACAAUGAAAAGCCAUCGUAAUCAAUCAGCGGCGAGAGACGAUAGCAGAGUGACAGCUUCAGGGCCGUUCUGUUUUUUUUUAAUGUAUGGAAGUUAAAAUCGGCCUAAAUGUCGCCUUGAUGUGUGUUUUGCGUGCAAGGAGUCCUUACCACCAGUGCAGGCUUUUCUAUGUCCUAUAUUCUGCUUUUUACAUUGGGCACAAUGUUUUGACUUGUUUGUAUUGUGAAAAAAGUGUAAAAAUGUACCGACGACGAGCACAAUCGAGAUCAUUUGAGAAAAGUAAUAACUCCUGAGUAUGAGGGUAUUUUUAGUCAUUAUACUUACUGUACUUUAACGCCACUAUUAGUGAUUGAGUUUGUGAUGAAACUUAUUUUUAAAGUGUUACAGUGUCAGUGAUGUUGGUGUUCACACAUUACCCUUAUAAAAGUGGGAUAAGACGCACAUUUGAAGAAAUCGAUUUUAUUCACAGAUUGCACUUGUUAUACAUUCAUUUAGAUGUCAGUAGAGAAUAAAAACUUCUUUUUUUAGGGAGUUCAAAACUCACCUGCAUGAGGUUUUAUUUCAGCAACAGGUAUCUCAAACCCAAAAGCAGAACAUGUAUAGGAUUAAAGAGUCAUAAAUAAGACUUUCAUUCAUACUUCAACAUUGAUUCAAUAUUCUUUUUACUCUUUUUGGAUUUUUUCUUUCUCGUUGCAACAAGAAAAUAAUCAUUGAGUGUUGACAUAACUUAUAAUACAGUUUAUUUCAAAGCAAACCAAACAGUUUUUAAACAAUUGCUUAAUAUAUUAACACAAAUAAAGUGAUUGACAUGUGCAACAAAUAAUUGUUUUUUUCUGUUUUUCUGUUCAAUUUUUCAUUGUCUAGAUAAGAUCAAGACAUUUUUUUUUAAUGAAAAGUUCCAGAGUUAUAAUAGGUUAUCAGCUUUCUUGUUGGGAGUUUGAUGAAAAGAUUUACAGACUAAAACUUUCAUGGUGAUUACCAAGCAGCAUAUUUGAUGUAUCUUUGAAAUAACCCAAAGUUACGACAGUAAUUAAAAGACUUUAUUGAAAAUGACCCCAGUGUUAAUAAUAAUAAUAAUAAUAAUAAUAAUAUA